AUGAAUUUAGAUUUCAUCAUUUCAACAAAAGUGUGGCAUCUAAGAAGACAAGAGUACUUUUGUGCAACUUUACAAUACAUCAAAAAAGUGUAUCUCCAAAUCCAAUAUUGGAUGGGUAACCUUUUAGACCCCAUGGACUGGGGCUGGGAAUUGGAUGUUAAGAGGAAUGUUCUCAAACCAAUUCCGAUGACCAAUGCAGUUGCGCCGUCCUCUCUGUUAGAAGUAAUGUUUUGUUCAUGCACAACCACAGGUUGUGCAACAGUAUGUGGGUGCAGAAGAGCCGGAUUAUAUUGCACUGCGGCGUGUACUAAUUGUGCCGUAAAUGAUUGCACAAACUGCAAACCCAUGCUUGCAGAAGAUGCGGACGAUGGCGAUCCCAGCGCUGUCGAUUUUGCACAUUCGCCGACGUUUGACACGAACAUGGAGAAUAAUCUUUCUUUGGUUGAUUCUUUGGAAACAGAAGAAAUUGAGGAAAACCUUCAUGAAGAUUAG